GUCAGUUUCUGUAAUGUCACAGUCACAUACUCUCAUCCGGGCGACCAAGAUGUCAUUCAAGCCCACGUGUGGCUGCCCCUUUCUGGCUACAACAACCGAUUCGUCGGAAUUGGAGGCGGAGGCUGGAUAACUGGGGAUAUUGGCGACGACGCUAUGUCGGCUCUCACAUACAAGGGCUACGCGACAGCAGCCAGUGACGGUGGCUAUGCUCAUGACCCCUUCUCGACUGCAGAUGCUUGGCUGAUGCCAAAUCCCGGCAACAUCAACCAGACACUUCUCACCAACUUUGCCAACCGUGCCGUGCACGAAGCCGCUAUAAUCGGCAAGCAUAUUGCUAAGGAUUACUACGAGGAGUCUCCAGCCUUUUCAUACUGGUCUGGAUGCUCCACCGGUGGUCGGCAGGGCAUCACGAGCGCAUUGCUGCAUCCCGAUGAUUUCGAUGGCAUCUUGGCCAGUUGUCCAGGUGUCGAGUUCCCAUCACUGUUGCUGGCCUUGUACUGGCCGCAGUUUGUCAUGAACCAGCUAGGAGCAUACCCCGAUGCUUGCCAAUUUGAGGCUUUGAGGGCUGCUGCCAUCGAGCAAUGCGACAAGUUGGAUGGCGUGAAAGACGGCAUUAUCUCUAGAGAUGAUCUCUGCAAGUUCGACCCAAGCAGUGUUGUUGGGAAGGAAUUCGAGUCCCAGGGAGCCAAGUGCAAGGUAUCAAAGGAAGCUGCCGAAAUUUUGAAGGCCAUGUUUGAAGGACCCAAGGAUGCAGAGGGAAAGAGUCUUUUUGCUGGGUCAACACCAGGCACUGCGGCCGUUGGCAUGAUGGCGCUCGCUAAUACCCUCUGCAAAGAUGGCAAAUGCACCGAUGGAAUUCCAUUUACGAUUGCGACCGACUGGAUCCGGCUACUUGUCAAGAAAGACCCCUCAUUCGACUCCAAGACCCUCUCCCCCGAGCAAUUCACACAGCUCUUCCAUGACAGCCAGCGCGACUACAAUGGCAUGUUUGGAGCCGGCGAUCGAGAUUUCCAGCGGUUCCGUGAGGCCAACAAGAAGAUGAUUACGUGGCACGGAACCAGCGACGAGGCUAUCACCAUUAAUGCCAUGAGGCGAUUCUACGACGGCGUGACUGCGCUAGACAAGAGCCGAGGUGUCGAC